AACUCUCGCGAGGUUUCGCCUUCCGGGUGUCGCUGGGGUCGUUCUCCGAAAACUGCGUGACGAUGUGUGGGGACUGUGUGGAGAAGGAGUACCCCAAUCGGGGCACCACCUGUCUGGAGAAUGGAUCGUUCUUACUGAACUUCGCAGGCUGCGCAGUGUGCAGUAAGCGGGACUUUAUGCUGAUCACAAACAGAUCCCUGAAAGAGGAAGAUGGAGAAGAAAUAGUUACCUAUGACCAUCUGUGUAAGAACUGUCAUCAUGUAGUAGCCAGACACGAGUAUACAUUCAGCAUCAUGGAUGAAUUUCAGGAAUAUACCAUGCUGUGUCUGUUGUGUGGCAAAGCUGAAGAUACUAUCAGUAUUCUCCCUGAUGACCCCCGGCAGAUGACUCUGCUGUUCUAAGCCUCCCAUGGUUCUCUUGUAACUGUGUUGGCUUGCUUUAAAAUAGAGCAAGCCUAGGGCUGGUGAGAUGGCUCAGUGGGUAAGAGCACCCGACUGCUCUUCCGAAGGUCCAAAGUUCAAAUCCCAGCAACCACAUGGUGGCUCACAACCAUCUGUAACAAGAUCUGACUCCCUCUUCUGGAGUGUCUGAAGACAGCUACAGUGUACUUACAUAUAAUAAAUAAAUAAAUCUUUAAAAAAAAUAGCAAGCCUAAUGGUUUGUUUAGUAAUGAAAA